AUGGCAUCAACAGUCUACGUAGGAAACAUACCAGCAAACUCUCAUUCGGACGACCUGAAGGAGAUGUUCAACAAGUAUGGAAGAGUUGUCAUGAUUGAGAUCAAGCAGGGAUUCGCCUUUGUCGACAUGGAAGAUCGUCACGCAUGCGAAAAAGUCAUUGGACAUCUGAAUGGAACUACUUUUAUGGGAAGUGAAAUUCGUGUUGAAUUUGCACGUAGCGAAACAGAUCGACGUUACAACGGUGCGGUCAAAGGAAAUUGUUUCAAGUGCGGUGGAGUUGGUCACUUUUUACGCGAAUGCCCGAGUGGUCAUGAUGGCAUUCGUAACUAUACAAGACGUUCUGAUUAUCGAGAUUCGGCAAAUGGAGCACCACCACCACCAACUGUAGAUAGAUAUGUACCAGAGUACAGAAAUAUGCCUGUACCGCGAGCUCCAAUUGACCGCUAUGGAGAUCGACCAUAUGAACGUACAAUGAACACAUUGGAUACAUCAGUUCACUUUAAUGAACGCUAUAGUCGUAAUAACAUCUCUGAUGUUCGUGGUAACUAUCCGACGAGAGACUUUGAUCGCUAUGGAGGCACAUCCCGUCAUUAUGGGACUAACGGAAAGAAUGAGCGGUUACCAUUGAAUUACCGCAGAGACGAUAUGAUUCAAUUAGACAGACCCUCUUAUCGUAAUAACCUUCCUCCCCGUGAAGAAAGAGGCUUUCACGAUAGAAUGAAUGUCAGAGGACAGCGUAUGACAAGAACUUCCGAUAGAAGUGAUCUUCGACGUUCCCCUCCAAGACAUAGACCAUUAUCGCCUGAACGUUACGUUUCACGACCAUACAGACCUUUAUUGUAUCGGGAGCCACCACCGCCACCUAGCUCACGCUAUAGAAACGAACGUCCGACUAUUCCCUCAGGACAACCGGUUAGACGUCGUUCUCGCAGCCCUCCUCGUCCAAGAGGACCACGUACGCCAAGCCCAAGACGAUAA